AAACAGAGCCUCAAGAAGUUGUGUGCAAAUUGCAAAUGCAAAUUGUCCAAAUGAUAACUCCAAAGUGACAUGUAAAACAGCAAGCAAGAGUCAAACAAGCCCAAAUCCAAUUCCAAUCUGACGUGACGUUAAUUUUAUCCAGUAUCGCAGCUAUAUGUACUUAGUUAAAAGUUUUCACCAAUCCCGAGUCGCCGUACCAAAAAUAACCACCGCGUCCCGGCUGAGCUGAGUUAGGGUUCCGCCGUUGCUGUAACCCCCCUUUCUUUAAUAAGGUUUGCUUGGCAUUAAUUUUCUCUCUCUUACUCAAUCACGCACUGAGAAUUUGUGAUUUAUUACUAUAUCAGCUCUAAUUUAUUAUCAAUUGAGAGCUUGCAAUUUCGCAGUAUAAAAUGGGGGAUCCAUACUGGAAUAGACAAGGUGGUGCCGUGCACCCGGGAGCUGGACAGGGCUUGCUUAAGCGUCCUCGCUCUGAUUACGGACGCGACAUGCACCAAUAUUUAUCACCAGAUGAUGAUCGUGUUGGACCUCGAAUCAUAAACGAUACCCAAACGCUUGAAUCAGCAUAUGACCGUUAUCUGCAGAGUUCGCAACUUUCUCAUAAUUCUGGAGAUGUUAGUAACUAUGGAGGAGGUUUAAGAGGAGUUGCUGGUUCCACUGCACUUCCUACGCGUGAUCGUAUUGGUGCUGGUCGAACUGGGAUGCUUGGUGCUGAACCAGCACCGAGCAGGAGGACAGAGUUUAGUAGUCAUCUCCCUGACGAAGUGGCCAGGCCUAGAGAUACUCUUCCUCUUCCUCCAGAUGCUUCCAGCACAUUGUAUAUUGAGGGACUACCUUCUGACAGCUCAAAAAGAGAAGUAGCUCAUAUAUUUCGCCCAUUUGUUGGGUAUAAAGAAGUAAGGCUUGUUCCCAAGGAAUCUAAACAUCGUGGAGGAGAUCCUCUUAUCCUCUGUUUCGUGGAUUUUGCAGACCCUGCUUGUGCUGCCACUGCUUUGAGUGCCUUACAGGGUACUUGUUCCUCCAAUAUAAAAUUCAAUUCUUCUUUAGCAGUUUGUGAAAUUGGCUAUCUUUGCAAUGCAAACACUUGCUCAUAAUUAAUUCAUGCGGUGGAACUUUCUUGCGCUUUUGGGUCUUCCAUGCAUUUCAUUUUGAAAAUUAGACCAAAUUCUGACAGGAAGGGGUAUUGUGCUGGUUUUUCUCUCUUUUGUACCUGAUGUAUCCUAUUAGUGUACCUGUUUCCCCUGUGAUAGCAACGAAUCUUUAUUUUUAUUUUUCUUUUUUUCCAAACCUAACCUUAUAAACUUCAUUCAAAGAAACAACCAAACAGUUUACACAGUUGAGGCCAACUCUAAAGUUGACUUCGCCAAACAAUGUGCAUUUUCUACCUUUGCUCUAUUUGUUUUAAUAAAACUACAACCUGGAAUUGCAUUCAGAAACCACAAGAUGUCUUCACCCAUAUUCUUGAUUUGUCGAGGGAAGGCUUCAUUAUGUGAUAAUGUUACUUCUGUUUUUUUUUUCUAAAAGGAAUGUGAGUUGUGUGAAAUUCUGAGUUGCUUCUUGAUAACUUGAGUUUCAUUAUGUAAUCUUCCGCUGUUGGUCUUGCUGUACAUUUAUUGACAACAUUGGGAUUUUACCAGGUUACAAGAUGGAUGAACAUGACCCAGACUCUUCCUACCUGCGGCUUCAAUUUUCAAGGUUUCCCGGUCCUAGAUCUGGCCUUCGCGGGAAGAGAUAAACAAUUUUAAGGCAGCUAGAUUUUACUUUUGAUGAUUUGGUCCUGGUGUUCUCUUUCUCGUCGAAUGUGGUUCUCUACGCAACCAUUUGUUGGGGAAAGUUAGUUGAUACACCUUUAUUCUCGUAAGCUAAUUUUGCCCACUUGAUCUGGUUUUUCUUCCUCUCCCUUGAGUGGGGAAUUUGGCUUGUACAAAUUAGAUGUAAAAUACCUUUUAUACUCAUUUAUUGAUUUUAUGUACCUCCUUUAAUAUUUUAUUUUAUACCUCAGUCUCUCGUCAGUAGAGUAUCUUUUAUCCCUUUAAAAUGUAUCACAAGACAUUUCUAGAAAAGAAAUUGUUAGAGGCCUACAAUAAUUUCAAUAUCAAGUUUCUAUUAGUACACCUGCUGGACAUUUUAAUAAAUAAAUG